AUGUCAUCGGACCCCACUGCCGAACUUUCUAAGCUGACCGUGCCCCAGCUCAAGGCUCUUUGCAAGGAGCGUCGGAUCACUGGCUACUCGAAGCAAGGCAAGGCAGCACUCUUAAAGCGACUUGGUGCGCGCGGGCCUUCGAAUCAGCCUGAAGCGACUUCUCUAGAGACUACGCAGGCAACCUCGAAAGCCAGCGAUGGCGUAACGACCCAAGGGGCCGUUGCCAUCCCAUCUGAUAGGACUGGGUCGGACUUACUUGGGAGAACAUCCAAUCACACAUCUCAUGGUCGACGUGCUUAUGAGGAUCCGAAUCUAUCUUAUGUGAAUAUUUCAACAACCUCGAUAUAUGCGCCUUUUCCGGACCCUGGCUGCGACGACAUCUCUCACCAUUCGAGGGCACCGUCUCGUCCCACCGAUGCAUCAACCACAACUGUUUCGAAAGCGGUACUUGGUAUCAAAAGAUCCUCUGCUCCCAUGGAACCUGCUGCUGAACCCCCGCUAAAAAAAUCAAGGAUCAUUCAAGCCUCAAGGACAUCAGACCCCGACUCUUGCGACAUUGACUCUGGAACCUUGUCCACGCUCUCUGCCUUCAAGGUUCCUGCCAUACCUAAAAUGAACUUAGCAGCCACGGCUUCUGUAGCCAUAGCUUCGCCGUCUGGCAAGCGAUUCAGACCCCUAGCUGUGACAAUGCCCGCUUCGAAGUUCUCAUCGGAGCCGACAAGCGCAAUUAGUUGUUCAACUUCUGCGAUCGAGAAGCGGACCUCAUCCCGAGAAUCAAUGCGCAAGUCCGAUAACGUGCCGCUCUACCACCUCGAUUUCACCGAUUCCGAAGCGUUAGUGCCGUUGCAGCCUAUCUCUCUACCGCCGCCUCUCUCUCGUCGGAGACUAGUAUAUCGGUGGUCGGUUAUUCUCAGUGGCCUCUCGGGUCAGGAGAGAAGGCAGUGUGUCCUCGUCUCGAAACUGUUUCGCUACGCAGGCCAGUUUUACUCAUCAGCAUGCUAUCGACUCGUCCGAGAAUUCACAGGUAAACGUCUGGUAGAUCUGAGAGAAUUGUACCCUUCUGCGACCACAAACUUCUGGCCAUAUCUCUGCCAACGUGAGCAUGAGAUGCGGGAGCGCAAAGAGAGAUAUUAUGCAUCCUUUUUAGGGUCAUUCUACCGAGGCCUCACACCGAUAUCUGAGCGUUUGUGGAGUAGCCCUGAUGACCAGCAACAACUCACCAUCAUCCUGAGGUUUUUGACAACCCGGCUGUGGUUUGCAAUAUCGAUAGGCGGUUCGAAGCAAAACCGGUUCACAUGGCUCUUAGACAUUGUAGUGGAUGCACAGCACGUCGUGAAGGGAGAAAUAUGGCGGAUCACUGUUCAGUCUCCUCGAUCUUCUAAAGACUGGACUACACCGCCCAGGACCAAGUCGUUUUAUGUCCUACAGUCCACAUGUGAAGUCAUCGGCCAGGCCGCAGAACUGAUCGAUCCUGGGUCUCCUUCUGCCGACAGCCUUCCUGUCCGUCCUGACUGGAUGCAGCACAUCGAGCACCGUCUAUCGUCUUCGAGCGUACGAAGCCCUGGUUCUUCUCUGCUUUCCGACCAUCUGAAAUGGGCGCACACCGCCGAGUAUCAAGAAGGAAUCAGCAUUCACUGGCUUAAACGUAUGACAGACAAAGGGGAAGAAGGCGUCGCUUUGCGGACAGUCGCUGAGCGAUACGUUCUUGCGUGCGUGGUGGGGAACAGGUUCGUGCAUUGGAGUAGCGAAGAAUAUCAAGCGAUAUGCUGA